UGAGAGGUCAUCCACUGCUCAUCCGUAAACUCGCCAUUGAUCAGCAUAAAUACCCAGUGGCUCUUCACUUUCUUCUGUCCCUCCUUCUUCCUCUUCAUCAAAUUCGCUUUUGUACUCUCGAGACCUGGUGUCCCUCUAAUAAACCCCCAUGUGUUAGCACCGCCAGCAAGACCGCGAUCUGCCUGACAACAAUAUUGGUAGCUACGACUGUUGUCGGGCACAGCAUUACUAGCCAUCUUUCUGUGCCCGACGGCAUUUUUAGCUGCUAAUCUUGCUGUCGGGUAGACCGCGGUUUUCCUGGCGGUGCUGGCGGUGCUGGCGAUCCUCCAAGCUCAUCCCGCAUGAUACUUGGUACCUGUCAUGCGUGGUGAGCUUGGAUGGCCAUCUUGAGAAGACAAGUGCGCGCGAACGCUGUAUUUCCUAACAUGCCAACUUUGGCCGGAUCUUGAGGACCUAUAGUCCUGUUGUCAUUGUGCAGACACAUGCAUAUGUAGAUCUUCAAGAUCCGGCCAGAUGCUUUGGAAUGCGUAUCAGCAACGCGCGCGAUCGAACUAUCUCAAAAGAAGUUAUUGCAUUAUUGCGUAUCGUGUCUUUCCUUUUUGUUUUGCCAACACGAUUCAUGGACCCGGAUAAGUCGUAAAAAGGUGUCCUGUUACUUUCCUCCUGUGAAAUCCUCUUCGCCAAAUACCUCUAAUUCUCAAAUUCCCAACAUAUAUCUCCUGGGCGUAGCCACUGGUGGUAAGGCCCGUCCAGCCCGACAGACAAUGGAAGGUCGGAGCCCCGACGAUGGUCUGCUCUCCAUGAGUGAAGAAGACUUCGUCUUAGACUUUGCAAGCGAUGACCUGGAUAGCUUGCCAUGGAAUGCUCCAUAUGGUACGAAUGACGCAGCGUUUGCCGACGUACACCAGGAAACAACAUUUUCAGAUACAGUCGACUCAAUCAAUUCUAACUCAUUUGACAUUUACUCCGAUCACAUCAACCCAAUUCUAAACAACACUCAGGAGCUACCAGCUCUAGAUACUACUUAUUUUGAUAUCUUACUUAUGAACUGGGACUUCAUGGCGAUGCCCACCGAUCCCAUCACUACUACCCAUGCUGGUUCGAUAACGACCACAGAGCAAUCCAAUUGCUCCACUACUUACACAAGCUCUUCCUCACCAAUGACUGAAAGCAGUCCAAUAGGACUGUCACAGUCGCAAGUAUCCGACCCCUUAUCGACAAAAGAUGCCGAGAACGUAUCAAUUACAAUAGCCAGAAGACGAAGAACGAAGAUGGAACCAGGCACUAGACCCUGUGACUUGAAAAGACAAAAGCGAAAAGAAGAUAAGCCUGAGAAGUGUCACAUCUGCGAAAAGGGGCACCAGUGGAAGCGUGAUCUGGAGAGGCAUUAUCGGAGUAAUCAUCCAGAUGAAGCAGCCAAGAUGGGUCUCAGUCGAAGCAAGCCUAUAUGUAGGCACUGUGGAAAGGACUUUGCGAGACGGGAUCAUUUGAAAAGGCAUUUGAAGAGGAAGCACGGGGGUGAUUGAGCGUGUGAGCUAUUGAGUAAACCUACUUGGCUGUAGUCUCCUUUGUCUUGAGUUUUAGUUAGUUGCAACGAAUAAGUACAGAUGAACCGGUCAUCGCUCUGUAUAAGUGAGGUGUAUAGCCCGCUCAGACAAGAUUGUACAUGUUCCUUCGGUGGUAGAAGCCCUGUUGGUGAGGAGGCUGGUCUAAACUUAGGACCUUGAUCCUAACUUACAAC